CACACCCAAAGAAAAGAGCAUCCAUCUUGGAUGAUUGCUGACGCUGCACAGCAAACACCACAACAGCUGCGUUUUACAGUUUUUAUGUUAAUUUAUAAUUUUUCAACAAAAAUCUCUUCCAUUAUUCAAAUUCCCAUUUUAAUUCCAACAACAACAUUACUAUAACCUAAUUACUUAAUUAGCAUCGUUAAUUAAACAUUAAUGCUAUAAUUUUUUAGAGAUAUCGAAUAUUUUUUCUUCGCCGCACUCAGUUUAGCACAAGGUGAUAAUCUUUCGCAUGGCUUUAAUGCUGCUAGGAGUAUAUCGAUAGAAUAAAAAAUGGAUUAACUUCACUUUGGAGUAGGUGGUGCGUAUAUUAACUGUCAUGGCUCGUAAAGGUAAUCAACAGAGGAAUGGGGUGGAUCGUCAUGCAUCAAACCAUAAGAAAAAGAUGACAGAUUCGGGGGAUCAUGAUAUGAAAGGACGAGGAAGAUCAAGUGAGGUGAAAGUUUUUCCUGGAGAGGAAAUCCCAAUAGGUAAUCAGCCGAGUAGUCCCUCUAUAGAUAAUGUAAGAAAAACUUAUCCAGUUGGAGAUGAUAACAAGACAAAGCAAAAUUCUGGAAAGCUUCAGAGGAAAGAGAAGCAAGGGAUGGCCGAAAUGCAGGAUCUAGGGGAAUCAGUAUCAUCCAGGAAUGGUUCGGAAGAUUGCAGUGGUCCUUUUGUUGAAAUACCUGGUGCAGGACAAGAAAAUGCAACCAUGUCCGGUUGGGAAAGUAGUUUAAGACGUGGAAGAAAUGGAAUAAACUACUUGCUUAAUAGCCCACAUACGCAAGCUAUGGUAGAAAGAUUACGGUUUUCAGCUAAUGCAGCAGUUAAAAACUUGAGGACAUUAGCUUUGUCUUUAAUGAAAGCAGCAGGUGAGUGGCAGGAGAAGCACAGGCCGUUGUUUCUUAGAAUAGCAAGCAACCUGUAUAAUGCUCGUGAUUAUGCUAAACUAAAGGUUGUGCAAGCAUAUCCAGUUGUUUCAAAAUGGCUCAUCUUUUUGGGGAACAUGAUGCUGCUUUUGACAAUGUUUUUCUUGGACUUCACUCUUAGAGGCGUUGAUUCCUUUAUACGACUAGGAACAACCUCCUUCUUUUCAGUCAUAUGGUGUAGCAUUAUAUCAGUACUUGCUAUGGUUGGGAUUUUUAAGUUUCUUAUAGUCCUGGCCGUAGCUGCAUUUGUGGGAGUUUUCAUUGGUCUCACUCUUGGACUUCUGGUGGUUGCCCUUUCUGGAAUUAUUUUCUUAUGGCUUUAUGGAAGUUUCUGGACUACGCUAUCAGUUAUGAUCGUUGGAGGGUUGGCAUUCCUGUUUAGCCAUGAGCGAGUUGCACUAUUAAUCACCACCGUUUAUUCCGUUUAUUGUGCAUGGACUUAUGUUGGAUGGCUUGGCUUAUUUCUGGCUUUGAAUUUAUCCUUUCUCUCUAGUGACAUUCUGAUAUACUUCCUCAAAAAUAGUGUUAACCAACGUGGAAGAUCUGAUCCCACUGAGCAAGGUGCUGAAAUGGAGGAUCAACCAGGCUUCUCUAAUGGCGAGUCCUUUCGUCCAUCAUUCACUGAAACAGGCCCAGGGUUAUCAGCAGAUCGUAGCCCUGGAGUACCUUCAACAAGUGGUACUGAUUCUGAGUUGACUUCUGAAGAAGAGGUUAUUCGACUAUUGAACUGCAGUGAUCACUAUUCAGUGCUGGGCUUGUCUCGGUUUGAGAACGUGGAUGUUUCUUUACUGAAAAAGGAGUACAGAAAAAAGGCAAUGCUGGUCCAUCCCGAUAAGAAUAUGGGUAAUGAGAAGGCUGCAGAAGCUUUCAAGAAACUUCAAAAUGCGUAUGAGGUUUUGCUUGAUUCGUUAAAACGAAAAACAUAUGACGAUGAAUUGAGGCGAGAAGAAUUGCUGAAUUAUUUCCGUAGGUUUCAAAGCACUUCUCAGAAGCAGAAUGGAGGACAUGGUUUCUUUGCCUCUGGCUUUGCUCCCUCAGAGGCUGAAGGUGAAGACCCUUUUGUAGAAUCAAGGCAAAUAGCUUGCAAAAAGUGCAACAAUUUUCAUGUUUGGUUGCUUACAAAGAAGUCAAAAUCUCGAGCAAGAUGGUGCCAGGACUGUAAAGACUUUCAUCAGGCAAAAGAUGGAGAUGGAUGGGUUGAGCAAUCUUCCCAGCCAUUCUUUUUCGGACUACUGCAGAAGGUUGAUAUUCCUACGGCAUACGUUUGUGCAGAUAGCAAGAUAUACAAUGCUACUGAAUGGUAUAAUUGCCAGGGAAUGAGAUGUCCAGCCAACAUUCACAAACCAAGUUUUCAUGUCAAUACAAGUAUUACAUCUAAGCACAACACCAACAAAGGAUCAAGUUCAGGACAAAGAAGCGGGCGGAUGCCACCGUCUAAUAUGGAAGAGACGAUGACGGAAGAAGAAUUCUUUGAGUGGCUACAGAAUGCAGUGCAAGCUGGUGUAUUUGACAAUUUCAAUGGCAAAACCUCUGCUGCUGAGAGCCCAUCUGCUAGGGCCGGAAAUGGUCCGAAAAGCAGCGGCGGCGGCGGCAGCAGUGGUAGCAAGAAGAAGAAAAAGGGCAAGAAACAAUGGUGAAAAGCUGAUGCUUGAGUUUCUAUAAAUUUUGUAAGCAUUUUUCCAACCCUAUAAAAAGGGAUUAUAAGCUUCAAGAAAGGCCUUGUAAUCUUUUUCUUAAAUGGAAUGGAGGCAUGAAGAAGGCAAAUGAAAAGGUUAAGAUCUUAGCACUGAUUAAGGAGGGAAAUAGUUAACCAAAUCUUUAACUAUAAAUAUUGAUUUUGAUUAUACAAAGGAAUCAUAUCAUCAUUCAAUAGUAAAUUAAUUUACAAUAACAAGUCAUUUCUUAA